UACGAAGUUAUUUAUGGUUAUUUAUAACAACAAAAACAUUAAAGUGUGAUUAAAAUUGUUUACAAAAUAUGUUUCUUUUCUGAUCAGAAUUAAAAAAGUUUUAUAAUGGCCGAAAUUAUUUUAAGCCGCGGAGAAAAGACAUUUAUUCUUCAUGGGAUAGAUGCAGAUUUUAGAAAUGAUGGUAGACAAAGAUGUGAAUAUCGAUCAAUAGAAAUUGAAACCAAAUUAAUGCCUCAAACUCAUGGAUCUUCAAGAUUACGCAUAGGAAAUACAGAUAUACUUGUGGGUGUUAAAGUUGAGCUCGAUACACCUCAUGCUGAUAAACCAAAUGAAGGAAAAUUGGAGUUUUUUGUUGAUUGCUCUGCUACUGCCACCCCUGCAUUUGAAGGAAAAGGAGGUGAUGAUUUAGCAACUGAAAUAAGUAAUAUUUUAACAAUUGCUUAUCAAACACGCAAUGCUUUUGAUUUAAGAACAUUAUGUAUUUUACCAAAUAAAAAAUGUUGGAAAAUAUUUGUUGAUGUUUUGAUUCUACAAUGUGGUGGUAACCUUUUUGAUGCAGUUGGUACUGCAGUUAAGGCUGCAUUAUAUAGUACAGAGAUACCAAAAAUCACAGCUGCAACUCUUGAUGGUGGAGAACCAGAUAUCCAGUUGUCCGAUGAUUUUUAUGAUUGUAUUCAAUUAGAUACAACUAAUUAUCCAAUCAUUGUGACAUUGUGCAAAGUCGGUGAUAAUUAUAUUGUGGAUCCAACUUCAGAAGAAGAAGUAUGCAGCGCAAGCAGUAUAGUUAUGUCUGUAUUACCAAAUGGUAAAAUAUCAUCUGUAAUUAAAUUGGGUUAUGGAAGUAUUCAGUCUACUACCUUCAAGAAGAUAUUAAAAAUGGCCCAAAAUGUGGGACUGCGAUUAAAUGGAGAUCUUAUGAAAGCUUUAAAAGAAGAAAAUAAACUUGGACGACAAAAGCAAAUAUUUGGAUUCCUUAACUAAAUGAAUAAAUAAUACUUGGAAAUCAAA